CGCAUGUGACAUUUGAAUUUUAAAACAGUUAUGUCAAUAAAUACGUCAAAAUAAAAAAAGGUGCCCAAUGAAAUAAAAUUUUUCCUAAGCAAAAUUUUGUAAAUUACUCCUCGAAAAAUUGAAAAUCUCUAGAUUGCAACAACUUUAAAAAUUUUAAAAUGGGAAAUGCACCUGUAAAAGAAGCAGUUCAAGCUGCCGCAACAAAUGUUACUGGAGUCCAACCAGAAAAACCCAAAUGCAAAGCAUGUUGUGCAUGUCCCGAAACCAAAAGAGUUCGCGAUCAAUGUAUUGUAGAAAGAGGCGAAGAAAACUGCACACAGCUGAUUGAAGCGCAUAAGCAAUGCAUGCGCAGGGAGGGAUUCAACAUUUAAUGAUGAUGAGGAAAUGAAAUAAAUUCUGCUGCAUGCACAUUGGGUAAUUACUCCUUUAAUAUGGCGUAUUAUAUGGAACCAAAUGUGCAGCUUAUGCUGUUACUUAAACGCUUACUUAAAUUAUUAAAAAAAAGUUAUGUUAAAUAGAAUAAAAUAAUAAAUAGAAG